AUGGUGGUUGGGAUCGGAAAUGGAAUCGGAAUCGGAAUCGGGGAGUCUCGAGAUUUGAUGACCCAGUUGGUGAAGAUGGGUGCGAAUGGUGGAAGCGGGUCGAGGAACACGAGCCCGAUGGGUCGACGGGUCGGGUCAAGGAACGUUAGUCCAUCAAAGCAGAAAGCAAUCAAGACGAAACCAAGAGGUUUAGAUGAAGAAACAAUCGCCAAAUUCGCUAAAUCUCCUCAACCCGAUGUUCAAAUGGAAGACGAUAUCUGGGCCAUGUUACCCGAAGAUCUAUUAAACGAAAUCCUAGCUCGGAUUCCACCAUUCAUGAUCUUCCGACUCCGUUCCGUUUGCAAAAGAUGGAAUUCAAUCCUACUCGAUUCCGCCUUUCUUCAAUUCCAUUCCCAAGUCCCUUCCCAUGGCCCUUGCCUUCUAACAUUCUACAAAAACUCCGUCAAUUCACAAUCUCAAACACCACAAUGUUCAGUUUUCAGCUUACCCUUAAAACAAUGGUACAGAAUCCCAUUCACCUUUCUUCCUCAAUGGGCAAUCUGUUUAAUCGGGUCAUCAGGUGGGCUUGUUUGCUUUUCAGGUCUCGAUGGGUCAACUUUCAAAACCCUAAUCUGCAACCCCCUCACACAAACAUUUCAAAUCCUUCCACUUAUGCAUUACAACAUUCAACGACAAUUAACAAUGGUGGUUGACCGAAGUCAACGCACCUUCAAAAUCAUAGCUGCAAACGAUCUUUACGGGGACAAAUCCUUACCAACUGAAGUAUACGAUUCAAGAUUCGGUCAAUGGUCAGUCAACCAAACUAUGCCAGCUGUCAAUUUCUGUUCAUCAAAAAUGGCAUUUUGUGAUUCAAGAUUGUAUCUUGAAACCCUUUCACCGAUUGGUUUAAUGGUGUAUAGAGUGGACACGGGGUAUUGGGAACAUGUUCCUGCUAAGUUUCCAAGAUCUUUAUUAGAUGGGUAUUUGAUUGCAGAGGUAAAAAAGAGAUUGUUUUUGGUUGGAAGAGUUGGUGUUUAUAGUACUAUACAAAGUAUGAGGAUAUGGGAGUUGGAUCAUGGUAAGGUGAUGUGGGUUGAAGUUACAAGAAUGCCCCCGAGGUACUUUAGAGGUUUGUUGAGGUUAUCGGCUGAGAGAUUUGAGUGUUUUGGACAAGAUAAUUUGAUUCUUUUUACUUCUUGGAAUCAAGGGAAAGGUUUGUUGUAUGAUGUGGAUAAAAAGGUGUGGUCUUGGAUUGCGGGUUGUGGUCUUCGUUUGUAUAAUGGUCAAGUUUGUUUCUAUGAGCCAAGAUUCGAUGCAUCGAUCUACUAA